AUGUUCGCUUACGGUAGCUUACAGGUAGGGAACCCCCUGGUAUCCGACUCUGCCACGGAGUCGACAACUGCUAAGCUAUCACAUCCGUUUCACAAAGAUUUUCGCGUGACAUGGGGAAAUGUGACUGUAUCGGAUGACGGCCGCGCGGAGUUAUCUCUUGAUAAAGCGUCCGGAUCUGGCUGGUCGUCCAACCAGCCGUACUACAACGGGUGGUUCUCUGCCUGGAUCAAAGUGCCGUCCGGGUACACGCCAGGCGUUGUCACGGCCUUCUAUUUGCACUCGGAGUGGAACACCUCGUGGCCCGGCGACUUCCACGACGAGGUCGACAUGGAGUUUCUCGGCGAGCGCUUCUCCAGCGACGUGAUUCUGCAGACCAACUGGUACGGCCAGGGCGUCGGCGGCCACGAGGAGCGCCUCAAGCUCUGGUUCGACCCGGCGGCGGAUUACCACCACUACGCGUUCCAAGUCAACCCUGAUUGCAUCCGGUGGUUCGUCGACGGGAUUCUGAUCCGCGAGGCGUGCAAGACGGCGGUGGGGAACGACCCGUUCCCCUCGUCGUCGAUGUUUCUGGUCGCGUCGCUGUGGGAUGGGAGCUCCUGGGCGACGCAGUACGGCGCAUUGAAGAUCGACUGGGCGCACGCGCCGUUCCGCGCCGGGUUUCACGGGCUGCAUGUGGACGGGUGCUACUGGCGGCAGAUGGACGAGAAGGAUGCGCCGGCAUGCGCGCUGACGCGCGGUAAUCGCGAUUGGCAGCCGACGUGGGAGAAGGGGAUGGAGGAGAAGGACUACGUCCUGCUGCGACACACGCAGGCGCAUUAUAUGACUUACUCGUACGCGCUGGACAAGACGAGGAAACCGUUCAAGCCUAAGCGGACUGCUGAAGUGACAGUGGUAGUAGCGACGGCAGGAGAGGGAGCUGGUCAAACGGAGCAGACGACGACAGCAGUGGCGGGGGAAAAAGGGCAACAAGCCGGAGUGAAGGGAGGAGUCAAGGAAGGGAAGCUUCGCGGGAGAAGAGGGCCGGGGAAACGACUAAGCGCCCAGGGAAGAUGA